AAAAUUCUCAUAAAUAAAAGCCCCCCGUCUUACAUCACCCAGCCCGAAGACCCAGAUACUGUCUUGCUUUUAGACAAUGCCACCUUGACAUGGGAGCAAGAGAGCAACAGGACAAGUGAUCCAGAGAAAGUACAGAACAAGAAGACCCGUGCUCUUAAGAGGCAUGUGCCACGUGAGACAAGUUCACCAGUCCAUGGAGUGACAGGUCUGGAAGAGCAAAGUGACAGCCACAAAUGGGUUCUGCACAAGAUAAGCUUUGCAGUGAGAAAGGGGAAGGUCUUAGGAAUAUGUGGAAAUGUUGGGAGUGGAAAGAGUUCGCUCAUUGCAGCUCUCCUAGGACAGAUGCAGUUGCAAGAAGGCGUGGUGGCUGUGAAGGGAACUUUGGCCUAUGUCUCCCAGCAAGCUUGGAUCUUCCAUGGAAAUGUGAGAGAAAACAUACUGUUUGGAGAAGAGUAUGAUCAUCAAAGGUAUCAGCACACAGUGCGUGUCUGUGGCCUCCAGAAGGACCUGAGAAGCCUGCCUUAUGGAGAUCUGACGGAGAUUGGGGAGCGGGGCCUCAAUCUCUCUGGGGGGCAGAGGCAGAGGAUCAGCCUGGCUCGUGCUGUCUACUCCAACCAUGACAUCUACCUGCUGGACGACCCCCUGUCCGCUGUGGAUGCCCACGUCGGGAAGCAUGUCUUUGAAGAAUGCAUUAAGAAGAUGCUCCGGGGCAAGACCAUCGUCCUGGUGACCCACCAGCUUCAGUUCCUGGAGUCUUGUGACGAGGUCAUUUUGUUAGAAGAUGGAGAGAUUUGCGAACGGGGAACCCACCCGAAGUUGAUGGAGCAGAGAGGGCACUAUGCAAAAUUAAUCCACAACCUCAGAGGAUUGCAAUUCAAGGAUCCUGAGCAUAUUUACAAUGCAGCCAUGAUGGAAGCCCUCGAGGAGAGCCCCGCUGAGAGAGACGAAGACACUGUUUUGGCUCCAAGAGAUGAGAAAAAUGAACGGAAAGAAUCUGAAACAGACAUAGAAUUUGUAGACAUAAAAGUUCCUGUGCAUCAGCUCGUCCAGACUGAAUCCCCUGGGGAAGGGUCAGUGACCUGGAAAACGUACCACACAUACAUUAAGGCUUCUGGAGGGUACUUUCUCUCUCUCUUGGUUAUGUUCCUCUUCCUCCUGAUGAUUGGCAGCCCUGCCUUCAGCAACUGGUGGCUGGGUAUCUGGCUAGACAAAGGCUCACAGACAACCUGUGGUCCCGAGGGCAAUAAGACUGGAUGUGAGAUUGGCGCGGUGCUGGCAGACACAGGGGAGCACCUGUACCAGUGGGUGUAUGCAGGGAGCAUGGUGUCUGUGCUCGUGUUUGGCAUCGUCAAAGGCUUCACCUUCACCAAGACCACGCUGAUGGCAUCCUCCUCAUUACACGACCAGGUGUUUGACAAGAUUUUAAAAAGCCCAAUGAGCUUCUUUGACACGACUCCCACCGGCCGGCUAAUGAACCGUUUUUCCAAGGAUAUGGAUGAGCUGGAUGUGAGGCUGCCGUUUCACGCCGAGAACUUUCUGCAGCAGUUUUUUAUGGUGCUGUUUAUCCUUGUGAUUCUGGCUGCUGUGUUUCCUGCUGUCCUUUUAGUCCUGGCCGGCCUGGCUGUAGGCUUCAUUGUUCUCUUACGCGUGUUCCACAGAGGAGUCCAGGAGCUCAAGAAGGUGGAGAACAUCAGCCGCUCGCCCUGGUUUUCCCAUAUAACCUCAUCCAUGCAAGGCUUGGGCAUCAUUCACGCCUAUGACAAGAAGGAGGACUGUAUCAACAAGUUUAAAAUGCUUAAUGAUGAAAAUUCCAGUCACCUCCUCUAUUUUAAUUGUGCUCUCAGAUGGUUUGCUCUGAGAAUGGAUGUCCUCAUGAACAUUGUUACUUUGAUCGUGGCCUUGCUGGUGACCCUCAGUUUCUCCUCAAUCAGUGCUUCUUCCAAAGGCUUGUCGCUGUCUUACAUCAUCCAGCUAAGCGGACUGCUCCAAGUGUGUGUGCGAACAGGAACAGAGACUCAAGCCAAAUUCACCUCGGUGGAGCUCCUCAGGGAAUAUAUUUUGACCUGUGCUCCUGAAUGCCCUCACCCCACUGAAGCGGAGGCCUGUCCCAAGGACUGGCCCAGCCGUGGGGAGAUAACAUUCAAAGACUAUCAGAUGAGAUACAGAGACAACACUCCCCUUGUUCUCGAUGGGUUGAACCUGAACAUCCAGAGUGGGCAGACAGUUGGGAUUGUUGGAAGAACAGGUUCCGGAAAGUCAUCAUUAGGAAUGGCCUUGUUUCGUCUGGUGGAGCCAGCCAGCGGCACAAUCUUCAUUGAUGAGGUGGAUAUCUGCACCAUCAGUUUGGAGGCCCUCAGAACCAAGCUGACUGUGAUUCCCCAGGAUCCUGUCCUGUUUGUAGGUACAGUAAGGUACAACUUGGAUCCCUUUGAGAGUCACACUGACGAGAUGCUCUGGCAGGUUCUUGAGAGAACAUUCAUGAAAGACACAAUAAUGAAACUCCCUGAAAAAUUACAGGCAGAAGUCACAGAAAAUGGAGAAAACUUCUCAGUAGGGGAACGUCAGCUGCUUUGUAUGGCUCGGGCUCUUCUCCGUAAUUCAAAAAUCAUCCUCCUGGAUGAAGCCACUGCCUCCAUGGACUCCAAGACUGACACCCUUGUCCAGAACACCAUCAAAGAAGCUUUCAGAGGCUGCACAGUGCUGACCAUUGCCCACCGCUUAAACACAGUUCUUAACUGCGACCGAGUUCUGGUUAUGGAAAGCGGGAAGGUGGCCGAGUUUGACAAGCCGGAAGUUCUCGCUGAGAAUCCAGAUUCCGUGUUUGCAAUGUUACUGGCAGCAGAAAACAAAGUCCGGUUGUAA